AUGGCCCAACCCCAGGAAAGUGAUGCCCCACCUGCCUAUGAAGAGGCGUCGGUGAAUGUAUCAUCUCGCUAUGGCUCACUUCCAUCAACCAUGAGCGUACAUGGCCAGUGGACAAAAUGGAAAUCUAUGAAUCUGUGUGGAGCGAAUGCCAAGGAGCGUCUGUGUCUAAUUGAGAUGCAAACUGGCUAUAGUGGCAAACCUCCACUUGGAAUGAGAACAGGAUUUAUCCUGCGCAAUGGAAUGAGCUCCAAGGAUCUCAUUCUUGCUGCUGCCGGUGACGAGUCGCGCGGCCUCCAUGCAUUCAAUCCAGAUGGGAUUAUCUUCUUGCCGCCGUUGGAUUCGGACUCGAAAUCCGACCGUCUGGACACGGAGCUCAUGCGCGCCGAACUUGGCACAAACAACCACAUCGCCUUCCACUUCUCCAUCGAGGUAGGCGAGAAAAAGCAGCGGGAGGUGUUCGCAUGGAGGAAGGUCAAGAAGGGGGACGAUCAAGCGAAAAGGAAUGGGUUCAAAUUGGUCCGAUUAUUAUCGACCCAGCAGAUCUCCCAGUCGAGCGACAGCAGUGUUCAAAAACCCUCUUCGCCCUCGUCUCCAUCCGCUGUCGAAGAUGGUGAGACUGUCGCCUUUGUUGAAUGGGUUAUGGCCUGGCCCCGCAUGACACAUGCGUUCACACUUGAGCUAGGGGACGGUCAGUCUAGCGUGUUGGGAGCGCGGUGGACUCUUAUGGUCAUCGUGACUGCAAUCAGGCUCUAUACACUACAUGUCAAGGGAAGAACAAGCAAGUUUGUAGUCGAUAUCGGAAAGAAGAGUUCGACAAAUUAG